AUGACUGUGUCAAGCGACGCUGCCAGCAAGCUCGAGGCUGUCGCUACCAUGUCCGACUCGUCGUCGCCCUCGGCCGCGGGCGGCGGCGCUCCCCCGGGCGACGAAGCUGCUUCGACCAUCAUGGUCAACACCAAGACCCCGGCUACAUUCCCUCCACCAAAGACUGAUAAACCUCGCCCGCACAUUUGCAGUACUUGCCAGCGCUCCUUUGCCCGGCUGGAGCAUCUGAAGCGCCACGAGCGGUCCCACACCAAGGAAAAGCCGUUCGAGUGCCCCGAGUGCUCACGCUGCUUUGCGCGCCGUGAUCUGCUCUUGCGGCACCAGCAAAAAUUGCACCAGACAACGACGCCGUCGUCCCGCCCGCGUAACCGCCGCGAGAGCGCUAGUGGGGCGACGCCGGCUGGCGGCCGGGCUCGGAAGAAUAGCGUCGUGGGCCCCAGUGCUGGCAACACCAACAGCACGGCCGCCUCAAUGAGGCCGAGGGCUAAUACCAUCAGCCAUGUUGACGGCGCGACCAUGCAGAUGAUUGCUUCGGCGAAUGCCCAGGUUUCGAGGAUGCCUCCCACCCACAGCCGCCAUCCGAGCCUGAUCGGGCUUUCCACGCACCAUGGUCUCGAGGCCUUUGGCAUGGCUUCGGCCCUGGCCCAUCGCGGAGCGCCGCUCGGCCUGCCAAAGCUGGAGACGCACGGCAUCAACGGCAUGGACUUCUCCAGCGGCCUGAGGACGGCCCCCGCCUUGGCCUUUGGCUCCGAGUUCGAGCUGGACAAUCUGUUCUUCGGCGGCUCACCGGGCUCCACCAUCAAUCCCAAUGCUCUUCACUACAAUGACUCGCCGCCUUCUAUGGCCAUGGAUCCUCUCUCACCAUUCACACACGGCCUGUCCGACAUGUCGACGACUGGCCAGUCGCUGGAGGAUGGCUUCGACUGGGUGACUGGCUUCGACCACACCAUGUCAUUUACAAACGCCCCGACCGAGACCGCCGUAGACGGCUCCUCGCCGUCUGCUCUUAGCACCACCAGCCAGAGCGGCAUCAGCGACGUCAUGGUGGAUGGCUCAAACCACCACACGGCCGCAACAGGAACCAGCUCCAUGUGGCAGCCCUCCAUCAUGGGGCCCCCACAAAUGACCAACCCCUUUUCUCUCGACAUGGGCGGCUCCGUAUUCCCUGAUCUCCUCAACGGCGCGCCAUUGUCUCCGCAACCCUCGUCUUCCAAGACUAUGGGAGAUAACUACUUCUCUACUCCACCGCCCUCGCUCAGCUCUCUGAGCCCAGCCGUCAUGUCGGGCCUGAACACGCAGAAUUUGAACCAAGCGCUCAAUUUCGGUGCCGGUCCGGAGACGCCGUCCUCGAUGAAUGGUAGUAAUCAUGGCACCUUACCCGUCUCGACAAUCACUGAUUCAACAAGACAUGCCAUCCUAGGUGCCCUGUCGACCUCCCAGGCGUCCCAGUUUGGUACACGCAGGUACUCGUUCGCCAUACCGACUUUCCCCGCCGCCGCCACCCACCCAUCUCCGUCUCUCGUCAGCAACCUCGCCGGCGCCAGCAGCCCCGAUCAGACCGUCUCCCUCCCGAGCACGCCAGACUUCCAACGAUACGUCGCCGCCUACCUGCGAUACUUUCACCCUCACCUGCCGUUUGUCCACGUACCGACACUGUCGUUCGAAAUUCAUGCGCAAUCAUUGGCUAACAAGCGAAAUAGCGGCAUUGGGGGAAGAGGGUGCUUACUUCUUUCUAUGGCGGCCAUUGGCGCCCUGUUUGAGUUGGAACACCAGGCGUCCGCGGAGUUGUUUGGGAUGGCCAAAAAGAUGAUUCAGCUGUAUCUCGACGAGAGGAGGAAGGCGAACGUAAGAAAGGCAGAAUCCAUUCGGCUCACUCCCCUGUCGGACCACAAUUCACAGCAGCAGGAAUCCUCCGCCGAGACUCCCGUGUGGUUGGUUCAGGCGAUGCUCCUGAACGUCGUGUAUGGUCAUAACUGCGGGGACAAGCGGACCGGAGAUAUAGCGUCGACCCACACCGCCGCACUCGUAAGUCUCGCACACGGGGCAGAGCUCAACCGGCCACUGCGAGUUGAGCCCUCGGCCAAGGAUGUCGAGAUGGCGGGUGCCGACGGCGCCUGCGACUGGACCGGCACAAAGAGGGAGCAUGCUGACGAGCACGCCGAGUGGCUGCGCUGGAAAACCAUGGAGGAACGGAAGCGGACCCUCUAUGCCCUCUUCACCUUGUGCAGCCUCCUAGUGUUGGCGUAUAACCACACGCCGGCACUGACGAACUCCGAAAUUUUGCUCGACCUCCCCAGUGACGAAGAAUUCUUCGCCGCGGAGAGCGCUGCCGCUUUUCAAGCCAAGGGCGGAGUUGCCGCGGCUAAUCACAAUCGGAUGACCUUCCACGAUGCCCUGGCCGGGCUACUGCGUGCCGCCGAGAAACAGCAUAAUCACCCGUUCACCAGCGCCGCCCACCAACCUUCCGGUUUGGCCGUUCAAGCCGGCGACCCCUCCAAGAGCGAACCGAAACCGAGCAGCUUUGGCUGUUUAGUCUUGAUCAAUGCGCUGCACAAUUACAUCUGGGAGACUCGCCAGCGGCACCACAACAAGGUUUGGACCAACGAGGAAACCGAGAAGAUGCACCGGCACAUUGAACCGGCGCUCCGCGCAUGGCACGCUGCAUGGGCAAGCAAUCCUCAGCAUAGCCCGGAACGUCCGAAUCCCCACGGCGCGGGACCGCUCUCGGCCGACUGCACUCCGCUGCUGGAUCUCGCCUACGUCCGCCUCUUUGUCAAUCUCUCGCGGUCCAAGGAGCAGUUCUGGCAGCGCGACUGGGACGCCAUGGCCGAGGAGUUGGCAAGUGGUUCGGAGAUUAUCCAGCACGCCGGACACUCGCCCGUGUCAAAUACCGAUUCUAUCGCUACCGAUCCCUCCAGCACGACCGGGACGAAUUCUCUUACUGUCGACACCCCCUCAACACAAUCCUCUUCUCCGGACUUUGGCACCCCAAAUGUAUUGCUCUCCCGCACGAUUAACCCGGUCCCGGCUCAGCAGCCGCUCCCCGUGCAACUUCAGGCCCAAACGGGGAACAGCAGGUCGACAUUUAGGAGAGAGAAGCAUCUGCGCAAAGCCGCCUUCUUCGCGGCCAAGUCGCUCUCCGCUUCAGAUACGCUCGGCGUGACUUUUGCCCAUUUGACGAGUCGCGAUUUACCGCUGCAGGCGGCCCUCUGCACCUUCGACUGUGCUCAAGUUCUUGCGGAGUGGGUCGCCACCUUACAGGACCGCGUCGGUCGCUAUCUGGGUAUUCUGGGCCGGGACAACGUUGAUCUCUCCCAAGUGCCGGCGAUCAUGCUGCUGGAGGAAGAAGAUGUGAAACUUCUGGGGAAGAUUGACGAAAUCAUUCGCGGUGCCGAGUUGAAAAUGAACCUGGACGUGGCUCAACCUGGCAGUGUGGGAAGUGGUGAUGACGGGGUCAACGGUGCCGGAUAUGCUACCAAGCUGCUCAGGGUCACGGCGUACAUGUUCGACAAAGCCACUGUAUGGCCCGUGACCCGACUGAUCACAUCGUGUCUCGAGACGCAUGCCAACCAUAUGAGGGCCCGCGCCGAGAGGUCGAUCAUGGCGCAGAAGUGA